AUGGCUUCAGCCGGUGGCGGAAUGAUGACGGUGCUCAUUUCACGCUGUACAACGAAGAAAAUACAAGUUGAUAUGGUGAUCGACGGAAUGCUCGCUUCUCUAGUGUCGAGCACAGCUGGUUGUUUAUUUUACACGCCAUGGCAAGCUACUCUAGUGGGUGCAAUAGGUUCAGCAAUGGCGGUAAUGAUUUAUCCUUUGCUAGAAAAGGCAAAAAUUGAUGAUCCCGUGGGAGUGGUGCCGGUACAUGUG